CUGAGUUGUGAAAGACACUUCUUUCCCUAGCAAUGACUGAGGAAUAUGACCCUUCCAAAGACACUAUUCUAAUAAUUAGUAAAGCAAGAGACAGAAAAGUAGUCGAGUUCACAAUUGAAUUAGCAGAGUGGUUGAUCUUUACUCCUCGAUUCGGUAAAGAACACCCUUUUACAGUAUAUGUAGAUGCACACUUGAAUACUCCAAAACUAUUUCAACGCCUCACUCAUCCUGCUUGGCAAACAUAUCUUAAAUUCUGGACACCAAAGUUAUGCUAUAGACAGCCAAACUUAUUUCAUCUGAUUAUUACUCUGGGUGGUGAUGGAACGAUCUUGUUUACUUCAACCCUAUUUCAGUCUCAUGUACCACCCAUCAUGCCCUUUCAUUUGGGUUCCCUUGGCUUUUUGGCACCCUUCUUGUUUACCUCAUACCGUAAAGAACUUGAUAACCUGUUUGAAAAAAGACUUUCAAAGACACGACGAAUGCGGUUGAGCUGUACAGUCUAUAGAUGUAAGUCAUCUUUGGGUACUAGAGAGAGUAAAGAAUUAGCAGAGGCAGAAUGGAUACAGAAUGCAUUAGGACAGGAGAUAUCCAAAAAUACGACAGCAUCAGGUCUAAAGUCUUACUCGGCUGUGCCUGGUCAAACCUUUCAUGUGUUGAAUGAAAUCGUAAUUGAUCGUGGACCGAGCUCAAACAUGUCUUUGCUUGAACUGUUUUCUAACGACAGGCAUUUGACAACAGUACAGGCAGAUGGAUUGUGUAUAGCAACAGCUACUGGAUCCACUGCAUAUUCUCUGUCAGCCAAUGGCUCACUGACGCAUCCUGAUAUGCACUGUACCCUGGUGACUCCUUUAUGUCCUCACACAUUGAGUUUCAGACCGAUGAUCUUACCGAGCACAAUGAUUAUACGAGUUGUUGUUCCCUUUUGUUCAAGACAUACAGCUCAUUGCAGACUUGAUGGUCGAAAUACAAUCGAGCUGAAGCAGGGAGAUCAUGUCAAGAUCACAAUGUCACCUUACCCUGUCUAUACUUAUGCCUCUACUGAUGUCAGCAAUGAUUGGUUUUCUUCUGUUCAAACCUGUUUGCAAUGGAACGUUCGAAAGCGUCAAACAUCGGCUAUUGUGUCCAAUGAUUCAUUGUUAAGCAAAGACGCGUACAGCAGUAAUCGCCUAUCUGAAAAUGAGCAAGAUGGUAUAGCUCCUUGGACAGAGCAAGAGUUGGAGAGAGAUUCAUUUGUACCCGAGACUGAGAAUGUCAGAUCAAGAUUAUAGCUAGUAAUAAAGGUGUAU